AUGGAUUACAAUUACUAUAUGCGUUCUUUGCAAGUAAUAUCAAUCGCAGAAUCGUUUGGGUAUUUAAAUUCUUCAAGAAAAGAAAGAGAAUUUUGGGUGCAUCUAUUUAAUAAAAGCCGCGAAGAGAAUGAUCGUUUUAAAAAAUUUUAUUUGGACAUAAGACAGUAUCCACAGAAGUUCUUUGAAUAUUACAGAAUGUCUAUUCAAUCAUUAGAUGAACUUUUGGAGAAUGUGCGUCCACAUAUAACAAAGGAAAUUACACCAUUUCGCAAUCCCGUUUCUGCAGAAGAAAGACUCAGCCUCACAAUAAGAUAUUUAUCAACGGUAACCAAUUUUGUUGCUUUACAGUAUGAGUUUUUAUUAGGUCGGGGCACAAUUGGUACAAUUAUUCGGGAAACAUGUAGUGUAUUAUGGACUAUCUUACAACCAAAAAAAAUGCCAGAUCCAAACAAUCCCGAUAAAUGGUUGGAAAUUGCGAACCAAUUUUACAUUAAAACUAAUUUCCCCAACUGUAUUGGAGCAGUUGAUGGGAAACAUAUAAGAUGUAUCAAUCCAAAAAAUGAGGGAACUAUGUUUUUCAAUUACAAGAAGUAUUUCUCGAUCGUAUUAAUGGCCGUUGUCGACGCAGAUUAUUGUUUUACGACUAUUGAUGUUGGUGCCUAUAGUAGAGAGAGUGAUUCUACAGUUUUUAAAGAUUGUCCUUUCGGAAAAAAACUUUAUUCUGAAGAACUUAAUCUGCCAGCACCAACUUGUUUACCCAAUGUGACGGAUUCCCCACAGCCCUUUGUUAUAGUUGCUGAUGAAGCAUUUGGCCUCCAUAAAAAUUUACUGAGACCGUAUCCGGGACGUGGACUCACAGAUAAGCGGAGGAUAUUUAACUAUAGAUUGUCGAGAGCCAGACGAAUUGUGGAAUGUACGUUUGGUAUUCUCGCUAAUAAAUGGAGAGUAUUGCACACUCCAAUACUAGUUGAGCCUGAUUUUACGGAUAUUAUUGUGAAAACUUGUUGUAUUCUUCAUAAUUAUGUGCGCAGAAGAGACGGAUAUAUUUUUGAAUAUACACUUAGUAAUCCUUUAGAGGGUAUUCAAAACUACGGAAAUGCAGGAGCUCGCCAUCAAGGAAUUGAUGUUCGCGAUUACUUUGCUGAAUAUUUUUUAAACGCUGGAUCAGUUACUUUUCAACCCCGUAUCAUUUAA